UCUACUUUCUGUGCAAUGGUGAGUAUGAUGGAAGUGUAGAAUACUGUGGUUCUCUACGGGUCUCAACCCGCCCACCCUGCACGCCUAAUAAUAAUUGUGCAACCAAAAUGGAGACACAGAGGAAGCUGCCUGCCUGAAAAUUGAAGAAGAUGAAUGGCGUUCCCGGGCUCCUUUUCAGUAGUCGGGCCUGGAGAGCAUUAUCACCGGGUAACGUCCAUUUACCCAUCCCCCACUUUCCCACCUUUAACUUCUUCUCGGCUAGUUUUCAUGAUGAUGUUGCUGCUGUGCCAAAAAUUCAAGAGUCAUACUCUCAACUCUGUAAAUGGAACUGUACAAGUAUUAUUAAGCUUGACGAUGCAAUUGGUUUGUACCGUCACAUGGUUACCAUGACACCCCGCCCCCCCAUCAAGAGAUUCAACUACCUCUUGAAUGCCGUUGUCAAGAUGGGUUGUUACCAUGAGGCUGUCUCUCUAUUUCGAGAUAUUUUUGUUUCCGGCCUUCUAAUAAAUGGGCGCACGCUGAGCAUUGCUGCCAAUUCCCUUGCUCGUUUGCGCAAAGUAGAUUUUGCAUUUGCUGUUUUAGGAAUCAAUUUGAAGCUGGGUCUAGUACCUGAUGUGAUUUUUUUCAGCACCUUAUUGAAAGGACUUUUUCUGCAACAUAGGGUUCAAGAUGCUGUUUGGUUGUUCCAGAAGGUAUUGAAUGAGAAAAUGUGUGAGAUAGAUGAAGUUACUUUAUCAAUAGUCAUUGAUGGCCUCUGCAAGGCAGGACAAACUAGUAAGGGUGUUAAGCUGCUUCACUUAUUUGACGAGAAGGGAAGUUGCAAGCCAAAUGUAUUUUCAUACAACACCGUUAUUGACUCGCUGUGUAAGGAUAAAAUGGUGGAUGAUGCUCUUCUCUUGUUGGAGAAGAUGAGUGAAAAGGGAAUUCCUCCUGAUGCCUUGACCUAUACUGUGCUUAUUGAUGGGCUCUGCAAAUUCAGUCGAUGGGAAGAGGUCAAAGAGUUACUGAAAAGAAUGACUGACUAUAGAGUUCCUCUCAAUGUCUAUACAUACAACAUUCUAAUCGUUGGAUUUUGUAGGGAAGGAUGGGUCAACAAUGCUGCCAAACUCAAAGAUAGAAUGAUUCAAGAAGGUGUGAAUCCUGAUGUAAUCACCUACAGUGCUUUGAUGGAUGGAUACUGCUUACACGGAAAAAUGAAAAGUGCAAUAAAACUCCUAAAGACCAUGAUAGACAAGGGAUGUGGCCCUAAUAUUUACACUUAUACCAUUUUAAUGAAUGGAUAUUGUAAGAGGGGGUGUUCAAAUCAGGCCGUGCAACUCUUCAAGGAAAUCCCUAAUCUAGGCUUAAAGCCUACUGUUGUUACCUACAACGUUAUGCUUGUGUCUUUGUUUCAGGAUGGGAAAUGUGAAGAUGCUGUGAAGCUUUUUAAGGAGAUGGUGGGAAACGGGGAACAUCCGGAUCUUUCCACGUACAAUAUUCUUCUAAAUGGAUUCUGUAAGAAUCAUCGGGUUCUUCAAGCACUUUCUUUACUGAGGACGAUGGAAGCUGGGACUCCUUUCCCCAAUUUAAGAAGCUACAAUGUUGUUAUAAAUGGACUUUGGAAUGAUGGGAAGGCACAGAGUGCAAUGGAACUAUUUAAUGCCCUUCCCUCUAAAAGACUUUUGCCUGAUAAGUUUACUUAUAUGAGUAUGAUCAUUGGACUUUGUCGAGAAGGCUUGAUAGAAGAUGCUAGAGAUAUGGUCAAGAAAAUGGAGAAAAAUGAUUAUAUGGCUAAUAGUGUGAUAUACAAUGUAUUGAUCCGUGGGUUACUGAAAAAGAAUCAGUAUUGCGAAGUUGUAUUACUUUUAGAAGAGAUGUCAAGACUUGGUCUCUCACCUGACAAUAGCACCUGUGAGAUUGUAUUGAAGACCAUCUUGCAAAAAGGACCAGAUUCCGCUUUGCUUCAUAUGCUCCUGAAUAAAAAGGAAAAUUGUGAAAGUAUUAGUUCUUAAAAUUAGUUAUUCUAAUUUAGCUUACUGUUUGCUAAACCUAUUAGUGUUCAUGUACAUUUCAAUAAAUCCAUCUUGUUUGACAAAAUGUAUCAACUAACAGGCACAUUUAUGGUGGGAUGUAGUUACUGCUAUCAGACUGGUAUAUGUGAGCGAUUAACUUAAUUACUUUGAGGUCGUAUGGCUUUCAUAUUAGAAGUAACUAUAUGCAU